AUGUCGUCGUCGGAAUCGGAAGCCGAUGAUGUUGUCGUCGAGGUGCCGUCGCCGCGACCGCGUCGUCGCCAAUUUUUCAUUCGUUCGGUUUCGUCGUCGGACGGCAAUCCGACAAGCAUCUCGCCGGCUCGAAAGACCAGCGAGCAACCCGUGAAAAUGGCGUCGCAAGAGCACAAGGAGAGUGUUGUUGAGAAAGACUAUUCACAAGGAGUCCAAUCGGAUGAGAUCACUAUUCCGAGCGUCGAGCAGAUUGAGAAGCCGACGCCAGACGAGGAGACGGUGGCGUCGGAGCCGAGCCCGCCGGUGAGCAUCGCCGAUAUUGAGUCGAACGCCGACAGUGUGCCGGAGAACAGCACGACCAUCGAGGAGCAAAAGCCAACGGCGGAGGUUUCGGCCGCUUCGGUGUCGGCUUCGGCGAAACGCAACAGCUUCGAUUCGGAUCCGGGAGAUUUCGAGAAAGUCGAGAAGGACGAGGCGAAAAACGACGAGACGGUGUCGGCGGCGGUUGCCGGAAUCGCCGCGAACAUUCCGAUCAUCUCGGCUCAAGUCGAGGAGGAGCGCAAACACACACCAUCGCCGGCGCCCGACUUUACGCGUGUGACGCCGACGAUCAAAGCGACGGUCGUCGAGGAGUCGAAAAUGGUGCCCGACGACGAUGAGUGCGGCGAUUUCGCCGCGUGGCUCCACAACAAUCCCGAGAUGGUGUACGUGGCGUCGGCGGUGGCGGUGGCGAGCAUCGCCGGCAUCGGCUACUUAAUCUACGCGAAGAAAUUCAAAUGA